AUGGAAGUUGGCACUGUACGCCUGACAUGGCGCAGCCAAGCUGGAAGCCGUGUGUCGUAUGCCAUUGCGCAUGGUCGUGCUGCAGUGCCUGAAGUGGCAGCGGAUGGCAGUGAGGCCACCAGGUUCUUGCACAUCUCUAAGGUGUACUGCAUGGCGCUAACGGUCUCCAAAUGCGUAGGGAAGCCCCACAGGCAAAAGCGAAUGAGCCGAAGGAUCUUGAGGGCCAGAAAGGCAGAGAGCGACUCCUCAAUCUUCCAAAGAAUUGCGGACAUUUAUUCCAAGGCAAACGAAACGGCCAAGGCGAGCCGCUGGUAUCAGCUGUCAUCGGAUCUGCAACCCACACAGACGGGACACAUUGGGCCCCAGAGCAAAUCGGCUCAGCAUGACCAGGCAACGUCCGCAACGGCAGCGGACGAAUACGAGAAAACGUCUCAAAAACAAGCUGACCGGCGUGUCAAGCUCCAGGCAGCUCCUCGCGAAUUCAACAAAGCUGGUGCGUGGAUACAAGCCGUGCCAUCGACCAAGAAUCUGAAGGACUUGCGGGCAUUACAGUCUCAUGCAGGGUGGUCCUCCGCGAUGACAGCAAAGAUCCUGGAGCUGUGUGAGAGAAGGCAGCCUCAUCUGGCUGAGCUUUGUUUAAGACCCAUGCUGCAGGCCGCGACAGUGCCCCUUGCCGCUUCCAGGGCUGUUGCUAAGGUGAUCACCCAACUAGCCGAAGGCGGCUUGCCCGGUCUGUUCCAGGCCGAGGCUCUCAUGGAGAGGUUGCUCGACCUGUUGCACUGGCUUCAACGGCUUCGUGAGGUCUCAAAUCGAGAGACCCAACGAGAAACCAUCGAGUCCAUCCGACUUGUCCUGCUGAGGGCUGGACCCAGGUUGGUGGAGAUGUGUAUUGUUGAGGGAUGCACCUGGCAAGGGGAGCGCUGGUUGGUCCACUUGAUGCAGCUGGGGUACGCAGGCAGCUUGAGAGGUCAACUCUGUGAACGUUUGGCAAUGGAGGAUGUUCUGAAAGCCGAAUCCUGGAUGGUAGCCUGGGUGCACGAGCAUGUUACCCAUGUUACUACCGCCGAAGAAGCAGAGGUUCCGAAACCUCCAAAACCUCAGUCCUGUGAUGUUGCAGCUCUUUGCAAGGGAUUUUUGCGAGAUCCGCUGACGCACUUCAAGGUCAUUCCUUGGUUGGAAUUGGCUCUAGAGGUGGGGAUAGUCCUAGAUGUGAUAGACUUUGAGCCAGUCCUUACGAAGAUGGUUCAGUUCAAUCGAAUCCAGAAGCGACCAUACAUUCUGGGGAGUCUCAUUCGCAAGUGUUGCGAUUUCGACCACAUCAUACUGGCAGAGAAGUUGACAGAUUUGAGCAUCCAGCAUGCCUUUGAACCACAGCAGAUGGUGUCGAUACUGAUGAGUCACUUGGCUCAGCAUGGACGAUCUGACCAGGCAAAGCCAUGGAUCAAUAAGAUGCUCAAUCACAGGCUGGUGCCCGAUGCACAGACUUUUGUGGUUUGCAUCCGUGCGACAAGGGAUGUGGCUACUUCCAGCGAGCUGCUUGCAAAGAUGAUCGUUGCUCGAGUUGAGACUAACUGCUACAUCUACUCGGCUGUCAUUGAUACCUGUGCUGUGGCUGACUCCGCAGCCUUGGCCGUUGCAUGGUUUGAGGAGGCGAAGACUUCGGGUGUGCAGCUCAACACACACUGCUACAAUGCGGUCUUAAAUGCACACACUCGUUCUCAAGAUGCUGAUUCGGCUGUAGGCUGGAUUCAGAACAUGAGUGCUGAUAGCAUCUCUCCGGAUGAGAUCAGCUACAAUUCCGUGCUUUCUUCGUUUGCCGCAACUGGGCCAGAUGCCACCUCCAAAGCUGAAGCCAUCCUCAGCCAAAUGCAAGCGGCAUCGAUUGCGCCAACCAUGCAAACGUAUAUAAACCUGCUUCAUGUUGCUGCAAGAUCUGGGGACAUGUGCAUGGCUGAAACCUGGUAUGAACGCAUGUUGGCAUCGGGCUUCUCGCCCGAUGGCGCCAUCUUGAGGAUAUUGAUAAAUGCGGCAGCAACUUCUGGUGAUGUAUCGCGAGCCGAGUUCUGGUUCAAAGCUGCGAUGAGCUCGGGAGAGCCACAGCAAGAUCAACAAGUCGUGUACAACACCCUCAUGAAGGCAUAUGCCAAGGCAAAUGAAGUCCAGAAGGCAGAGGGGCUGUUCUUGAGCAUGUUGAAAGUGUGCAAGCCAAGCGAGAUCACAUUUGGCAUCUUAAUGGAAGGGAGAGCCUCGAUUGGGCAUCUUGAAGGUGUGAGAUACUGGCAACAGCGGUUCCGUGAAACCGGAGGUGAAAUCAAUCUGGUCAUGUACAAUCUCCUUCUGAAGGCCUGCGCCAUGGCGACGCCACAGGAAGGUACGGAGGCUGAAGAGACAUUGAAAUUGAUGCUGCGCAGCUCUGUUGAGCCCAAUUUUAUCAGUCUAAGGACCCUUGCACUUGCCAUCGGGAAGCCUGCAGCACAAAGUCUGUGCAACAGUCUGCAGCUUGAAUGGGGUCGACUAUGUCGAACUUUGACGAAUAUCGUGUUCCUUUACUGCCUUGCUUCCUCACAGCACCCUGGCUCCGUGUUCAAGCUGCACAGCCUCAGCUGUAAGUUUGUAAGAUACAUACACUAUCCAGCCAAUGGAAUGCUGUCAUUGACAGCUGUGGUGGCGUGCAUCCUCACAACAGGUCAAGGGCUUGGCGACCACCGUGCAGAUGUGUACGAUUCGUACGAUGCCACGCUUGAUCUGGAAGAAGGUGCUGGUCGUGGCCAGAAGGAAUCGGCGCUGGGAGCACGCACUCUUGAGCUGUUACGAAAUGGACAUCAAGACGUCUUGCCUGUGAAAGAUGUGAAGGAGCUGGUGGACUGCCUCGGCUUCUCCGUGGCCUCUUCAUGCCCACAAGCAGCCGACAAAGACGCCUGUCAACAGACAGUGGUCGAAUAUGAUGGUGUGCGAUAUGUCUGCUUCUACACACAGAAAACAUAUGGCAGCAUCUCUUCCACUUUGCAAGAAUCCCGCUGCAACAUUGACAUGAGGAGCAGUGUCUGUAAGGCAGUGAGCUGA